AAGGACAUUGUUCUAACAAUUUGAGAAACAUCGAAAAAAUUGCAGACCAAUAUCCAUUAUCAAUAAGAUAACACUGAGAAUUUAUUACAGAAACUUUCCAAAACAAUUUGAAGGAAAUAUUCAUUGUGGGAUAUGGAGAAUACAGAUAUUUUUCCAAUAAUAUUCAUCACACAUCAUGGAGUUUUAGUGUACACCCCAACCCCAACUAGUAUAAGAGAUCAUCAACUGACCAUUCUCAUGUCUUCUAGGGUGGAGAUGAGGGUGGUAGUGGUUUUAGCUCUUCUUUUCUGGGGAAUCAGUCAUGAGGUGGAGGGAGGAAGGGAACUGGAAAGAGAAUUAAGGCGUCUGAACAAGCCAGCCAUCAAGAGCUUCCAGACAGAAUAUGGUGACAUUUUCGAUUGCGUUGACAUCAACAAACAACCAGCAUUAGAUCAUCCUUUGCUCAAGAAUCACAAAGUCCAAAAGAGACCAAGUGUCUUCCCCAGAGGGUUAGGGCAUAAAACUUCAGCCAAGACUCAAAGUUCGAUAAUUGGCCUUCCAGAUGGAGGGUGCCCAGAAGGGACAGUGCCCAUCAAACGAAUCACGAAAAGAGACCUAGUAUGGAUGAAGUCCCUAAAAGACAAUACUAAACAUUUCCAUCCAGUGGAUGCCAAGACUCCUGGUUUUCAUCAAGCAUACACCAGACAGUCUCCGGGUACAUAUUACGGAGCUCAAGGGGGAAUAUCCCUGCACAAGGAACCUGCUACAGACGAUCAGUCACACCGAUCCGUGAUAACUGUUUCAGGUGGUUCACCUGAUAAAUUGAAUGCCAUACAAGUUGGAUGGACGGUGAAUAAAGCAGCGUACGGUGAUGGAGCAACUCGGAUGUUCAUCUCUUGGACUGCCGAUAACUUUGGUAAAACAGGUUGCAGGGACCUUCUGUGUCCUGGGUUCGUACAAGUUGAUAAAUCUGUGGCUCCAGGCAUGGUUUUCCAGCAACUUUCUACCAUUGAUGGAGCUCAACAUGACUACUACUUCUCCAUUUUCCAGAAUAACAGCACGGAUGAGAAUUGGUGGCUUAUGGGUUGGCCAGAAAAGAAAAUAAUAGGUUACUGGCCUAAAACCCUAUUUCCAGAUAUGAAGGAGAGCUUUACCAGCCUAGAAUGGGGAGGGUAUGUACAAGUGAAGGACCCGAAUACAAAGGAAUAUCCUCAAAUGGGUUCAGGAGUUUUCCCGGAGGAAGGAUAUGGCAAAGCAGCAUACUUCAAAUUUAUUAAACUCGUGAAGAAUUCAGCAGGCGAAUUUCAAGAUGUUUCUCCCAAAGAAGUGGUCACCUUCAAUGAUCGACCAACUUGCUAUAGAGUUGGACCAAAGGCAGAGUUACUAUACUGGCCUGGAUAUCAUUUUUUCUAUGGAGGGCCUGGAGGAAAUUGUGGCCAUUGA